AUGGAUGAAGCAAUGACUCAACCUCUGGACCGACCCGAACGCCAGGCACUGGUGUCCUUCCUCACAUCUCGGCUGAAGGAUAAAAAGCGAGGUUUAAUAAAUGCAUCUCUCUUGGAUCGAAUCGCCAAUAUCUUAAGAUCCGACGACUCUAACUCCACCGAUGAUGACAUUUUUUACAUCAACGAAGAAAGAAUGCGCCUACUUGACCUCCUUCAAUGUGAUCACACAGCACCCUCCAAAUACAUUCCACUUUAUGAUCUGAGAAUUCUGAUCAUUUUCCUGAAUCUCUCCAUUCUCGACGGACCUACGAAGGCGACACAAGAAAAAAGGGUUUGCUUCGAAAAUCUCGAGCUUGCCAAAACCAGGCCCAUUUCGGCCUUCACUCCUUCGGCUAAGAGACUCCUACAACGAGUAUUACGCCAAACCCAGUCCGAAGCGAGUGAAAAUCUGCUUUCAACACUAGAAGCCUCACUAUCGAAUGGUUUGCCGCAAAAGGAUAUCUUUAUCCGCAAAUGCAUCGCAUUCUUAGAAUCAAGCAGCGUUACGUCAAAAGCUCCGACGUCCGACGCCUAUUUGCCCCCUGCAUCUCCAUCCUCUAGCAGUGGCUCAGCUCUGAAGACCUCCAUCGAAGAUGAAACGGAAACGUUCAAACCAGGUAGCACUGAUGCAGAGCCUCCUCCGCCUGGCCCAGUGUCACCCAACUUGCACACGGGUGAAACUCUCUUUGACAUAACCGAAGAUCAUCCUGACCGAACGCUUCUGAAACCAUUUUGGGCUUCAGAAUAUCCUGAUUUGCCAAUCUUUCCUCGGGCCCAUCUGAAUGAAUUCUAUCAGGUAUACUGGCACAAUCUUCCCAGAGACGCACCCACCCCUCUAGAAAGAAUAAACGCAGCGAUAUUCUCGUUCUGCUUUGCUCUGUCUGCUUUACGGCCAGGGGCUAAUGCCACCAGAUCAGCCGACACCUAUUUCCAACACGCCCAGCAACUCGCUGGUGAUUUCCUAGAUCAUGAAAAUUCUAUCAGUUUGGUCCAAUGUCUGUGUCUAAAGGCGCAAUGUCUCUUCGCAAUCGGAGACUUGGAAAAUGCAUAA